CAAAUUUUCGAGAAAAGUCCACUGAGAAAGAAACCACACACUCUGAAUGUGGGAAAAUAGGAAUACUGACUCGUUUCACAGGUCAGUGCAGGAAGGGGGUUGGCUGAGAUAGCGAUGGGGACACGGCUCUUUAAGAGGCAUGGUGAUCAGAUAUAACUCUUCUGAAAAACCGAUUGCACAAGACGUUUUGAGAGAAGCCAGGAAUUUGACCACGGAUGGACUGCUGAGCGACGCUGCGCUGGCAAAGCCCACUCUCAAGUGUGAAGAAAUCUGCCCAUGGCUUGCUUCCCAGGAAGCUGACGCUCCUUCGCUAUUGCUAAGAGCCAAAGAAUCCCUCGCAGCCACGCGUGCUUGGCUCGGCUUCCCAAGCCCCGCGCUGCGACGCAGACGCACUGGUUCCGCCUUCCCACCAAUCUCGACCCUCGACGCGUUCCGUCGGCGCGUGCGGACCGGAGUCGAGGCGACUCGGGGCCGCUCGGCGGGCAGGGGCUGCGGUGCGCCCAGCUACGGCGCGGAUGGCGGACUCGCAGCUGUUCUGCGUGGCGGAGGAGCGCAGCGGGCACUGCGCCGUGGUGGACGGAAACUUCCUCUACGUGUGGGGGGGCUACGUGUCCAUUGAAGACAAUGAAGUAUAUUUGCCUAAUGAUGAAAUUUGGACCUAUGAUAUUGAUAGUGGGCUGUGGAGGAUGCACCUGAUGGAAGGGGAGCUUCCCACUUCCAUGUCCGGAAGCUGUGGCGCUUGUGUUCACGGGAAGCUGUACGUGUUUGGAGGCUAUGACGACAAAGGAUACAGCAACCGACUUUAUUUUGUUAAUUUACGAACAAGAGAUGGAACCUAUGUUUGGGAAAAAAUCACCAACUUUGAAGGACAACCACCCACCCCUCGUGAUAAGCUUUCCUGCUGGGUAUAUAAAGACAGGUUAAUAUAUUUUGGUGGUUAUGGGUGUAGGAGACACAGUGAACUUCAAGACUGUUUUGAUGUUCAUGAUGCAUCUUGGGAAGAGCAGAUGUUCUGGGGAUGGCAUAAUGACAUUCAUGUAUUUGACACAAAGACACAAACUUGGUUUCAACCAGAAAUUAAGGGUGGAGCUCCACCACAGCCGCGUGCUGCGCAUUCAUGUGCAGUUAUUGGAAAUAAAGGUUACGUCUUUGGGGGACGUGUUCUGCAAACACGGAUGAGUGACUUGCACUAUCUAAACUUAGACACUUGGGCCUGGUCUGGAAGGAUUCCUGUUAAUGGAGAAAGCCCAAAACAUCGGUCAUGGCACACUUUAACACCAAUAGCUGAUGAUAAGCUUUUCCUAUUUGGUGGACUAAGUGCAGAUAAUACUCCAUUAAGUGAUGGUUGGAUUCAUAAUAUCAUAACAAAUUGUUGGAAACAACUCAUACACUUACCUAAAACAAGACCCAGAUUAUGGCACACAGCCUGUUUGGGAAAAGAAAAUGAAAUAAUGGUAUUUGGCGGGAGCAAAGAUGACUUGCUUUCCUUGGAUACAGGCCACUGUAAUGAUUUACUGAUCUUUCAAACACAGCCUUAUUCACUUCUCAGGUCAUGCCUUGACUGCAUUGGUAAAAAUGCUAUCACUUUAAAAAGUCAGAUAUCUCUAUUACCUCCUAAACUCCUACAACAAGUACUCAAAAAAAUAACAUUUUGGACUGCAGCUAAUCACCGGGAAGAACAAAGAGUCCAGAAAGAAACAGACAAUAAAUAUCAGUGGAUCAGUAGCAACUGAGUUGUUACGUGCCCCACCUAUGUGAUAUGUUGAACCAUUUUAAUCAAAUUAUACACCUCACCAUUGCAAGCUGCAUUGAAGGAUAAAAU